AUGAAUAAUCAAAUACCCAACAUCUCUCAUUCAUCAGUUCUCUCCGAAUAUUGUUCAAAAAAGAGACGGUGUAUAGCUUUUAUUCUAAUUAUUUUUACCAAUUUACUUGUCACAACUGUACUAUUGGUUGCGCUUGCUAGUAUAAAGCCAUGUUUCUUUAUGAAAUGUCAUUCAAAAGCAUCAGGAUGUAUCAAUCGAUCAUUAUUUAAAGGACAGUGUAUUUGUGAUUCGCGUACAGCCGGUAAUGGCCGAACAGUUUGUGAUGGAUGUGGCAUAACCUAUCUUCGACGAGAUGCUCGUAUUAUUGGUGGAAUCGAUGCUAUUCAAUAUAGUUGGCCGUUUGCUGUUCUUAUUCGACAGCACUACAAAACUAUACUUACAUUGAAUGAUCGAUCUCAUUUAGUUUCAGCAUCAUGGAUGUGCGGUGGAACAUUAAUCAAUCAUAAGACAAUAUUAACUGCGGCACAUUGUUUGAAAAAAACCGGUGAUAAAUUCGAUUAUACAACAUUCGUAGUUCCUAUUCUCUCAAAUGAAUAUUAUCCAACUAUUGAGAGUACAUUAGAAGUUAGUAUAGGCUUAUAUGAUCGACGCAAAACAACUCAACGACGUAUUGCAAAAGUUCUUCAAGUUAUUUUGCAUCCAUAUUAUAAUGAACGGCAUUUACUAAAUGACAUAGCAAUUCUGAAACUUGAAGAUUAUUUACGACCGUCACCAACGAUUCAAUUUGCUUGUUUACCCUAUUUAUUAUCUGAAAUAAAUACAACAGGUAUUGCGGUUGGUUUUGGUGAUACAGUACCGGGUGCAAAUCAAGGUUCAUCUGUUCUUAAACAAACUCAUUUGACUAUCUAUCCGAACGAAUUUUGUAAUCAUGUUUCACCAUCAACGAAAAAAAAUUGGAAUACACAACUAUGUUGUGGUGAUCUAAAUGGAGAACGUGAUACAUGCCAAGGUGAUAGUGGUGGUGGUUUAUACACGCAACGAAAUUUAUCCAAUAUAUUACAUUACAGUGUUGAUGGUAUUGUAUCGUAUGGUGAACGAUGUGCUAGUCCAAUGAAACCGGGCAUUUAUACACGAGUAUCAAACUAUAUUGAUUGGAUACAGGAAAAUAGUGAUUUCGAUACGAUUGACAGUUAA